UGUCGCCUUGGUGGGUCCAUUCGAAGGCGACGGCGGUCGUCUAUGUUUCGGUUUCAAACAAUUCGGGAGAUAUAAUCAGGAUAACAAGGGUGUUUAUUCUCCAAAAUAUCGUUUCUGAAACCCUUUUACUCUCCCGGACUGCUAAUCCAGAGUGACUGGAAUGAAGGGGUAUGCCAAGAAUUUGAAUUAGCUCGCUUGUAGUUUGAAGAAAGAGUAAGUCGGGUUGAGGGGAGCCAUUUUGUCCCGACUGUGUGGGAGAAAGGAAGAGUGGGAAAAGGGAUAUCUCACAGAAGAGGAAAAUCCAGCUCCCUCUUUAGACAACAGGACAAGCCAACUGCACGGCUGCGGGUAUCACCGUGAGCUAGCUAGCAAGCGAGCUAUCAUCAUCAACACCCUUCACUCAAGUGCUAUGGUAUUGAUUGAAACCUGGUAAGGCGAGCUAGCUAGCUAGAUAUCAACAAGGAUUUCUACAAAUUUAUCAAGCUGUUUGCUCGAUUUGUUAGCGUGGCGAUUGCUCACCUGGUCCCCGAAGUGGAUUUUGACACAGUACCAUUAGUAAAUUUCAAUUUUUUAUAUAAAUGGCGAAGAAGACAUACGAUCUGUUAUUCAAGCUUCUCCUGAUCGGAGAUUCUGGUGUAGGGAAGACAUGCGUGCUGUUUCGCUUCUCCGACGAUGCGUUCAACACUACCUUCAUCUCUACCAUAGGAAUCGAUUUUAAGAUCAAAACAGUUGAAUUACAAGGAAAGAAGAUCAAGCUACAGAUAUGGGACACGGCGGGGCAGGAGCGGUUCCACACCAUCACCACCUCGUACUACAGAGGCGCCAUGGGCAUCAUGCUGGUCUACGACAUCAGCAACGCCAAGAGCUUCGAGAACAUCAGCAAGUGGCUGCGGAACAUUGACGAGCACGCAAACGAAGACGUGGAGAGGAUGCUGCUAGGCAACAAGUGUGACAUGGAGGACAAGCGAAUCGUACCAAAGGCGAAGGGGGAACAGAUUGCCAGGGAGCAUGGUAUCCGUUUUUUCGAAACGAGUGCAAAAGCGAACAUCAACAUCGAGAAGGCAUUCCUCACGUUAGCAGAAGACAUCCUCAGAAAGACGCCCGUAAAAGAGCCCAACAGUGAAAAUGUGGACAUCAGCAGCGGAGGCGGAGUCACAGGCUGGAAGAGCAAAUGCUGUAGCUGAACGACCUCACAUAGACUCACACACACACACACACACACACACACACACACACACUCUCUCUCUUUCACACACACACACACACACACACACACACACACGCUAUACACACACAAACAACAUAGGCGCACCACACACUGACAUUCACAUGCACGAACACACACACAUAUACAAACGCACGCACACACAUAUACACACAUAAACACACACACACACACACACACACACACACACACAGUUUCUAUCUCUUCUCACUCACUCUUCUCACCUCCCUCUAACACCUCUCCCUCAAUCCUCUGCUCUCAUCUGUUUAUCUGCCUACUCACCUGCUCUCUCUCUCUCUCUCUUUCUCUCUCUCUUCUGUCUUUUCUUCCAUCUCUCUGUGUCUCUCUCUCUCUCUCUCUCUCUCUCUCUUUCUCUCUCUCUUCUGUCUUUUCUUCCAUCUCUCUGUGUCUCUCUCUCUCUCUCUCUCUCUCUCUCGCUCUUUCUCUCUGGAAAUAAACCACUUCUCUAACACCC